UUUUUCAUGGGUCCAGAAUUACGACAAGGAAAUUCAUAAUUUAUUCAACUCUACAAAAUUGUAUUGAUCCAAUUUAUUCUUUGAUAAUUCAUAUGCUAAAUAGCUGUAUAAAGCGCCUACUAAAGCAACCAAUAUUAUUUGACACUUUAUCAUUCUAUGGGGCACCGCUCCAUAGAAACGAUGUCAGUUAAUCGUAGCACCUAACCAAACGUUAAUAAGUGUGAAAAAUGCAGGAAGCAGUGUAUUUAGCUUGCAAGUGUUUAAUUAUAAUGCAAGUUAAGUAGUUUCCUUUUAAUAUGUUCGUACAAAAAUGUAAUAUGGAAUCAACCAACCGACAUCACAUUAGAUAUUUUGUCAGACUCUGUUGGAAUAAGCGAAGAUGUUUCAUUGUCCUGGUCUCGGUUGCAUUUUUCGCACUUGUUCUCUUCUUCAAUUUGAUUCCUACCUGCAUAUUUCGCAUUCCACCGGAAAAUGAGCAAAUGCCUUCGUGGAUCUCUACCUUAAAUGUGGAUCUUAUUCAACUUGUCGCACCAGAGAUUGACACCGUGGUGAAGGAACCACUUCAUAUUUCUCGGAGCUCCAAUCACGGUGACGAAUCUCCCGAAGCAGUCAUAUUCAUAAUGAGUCUUCCCGAAUCGUUCGAAACCAGACAAGGAAUUCGGAAAACGUGGUACUCGUGGGGGAAAAGAUUGAAAAUUGAAAUUCUAUUUUUCAUCGGAAUCUCGUCUUCCAACUCUUCUGACAUUUCUCCAAAGCUCAACUCUGAAUUUCAAACAUAUGACGACAUCAUACUCGAAUCUCACAUCGAAACCUACUACACCCUUCCGAUAAAGGUCCUUCGGGCGAUGAAAUACUUUUUAAAGACGUACACACACCCCAAUAGAGAUGACGACAUGCUACCGUUCUUCAUCAAAGGGGAUGACGACGUAUUCAUAAAUCUACCCAAUUUAGCGUCCCAUUUGACCCAGGUGAAAAAAUCUCGUCAAAAUUGCAAAGCCUACAUCGGUGGAAACCUUUAUACUCUUGCCUCUCCCAGUCGUGACCCCAGGUCAAAGUUCUAUAUUCCUUACUCCGUCUAUCCAGCCUGCUUCUGGCCAAACUAUGUUGGCGGACCCUUAUACAUUUUUAGCGGGGUUACAGUCCGACUUGUUUUCGAAAAUGGUCUUUUCGUUCUGAAAAAAGCUCUGGUUCCAUUCGAGGAUGUCCUUCUGACCGGAUUUGUGGGCAAUAGGGGAUGUGGGAUUGAGAUUUCUCAGGUCAGAGGGAUGUACGACGUGCCCUGGAGGGUGAACAGAGUUCUAGAAGAUCAAGAUGAGAAACAGUUUCGGGAUGCGAUCUCAUUCUCUCCUCUAGAUGGGGACGAGAUGAUGCGUUUAUUUAAUAGAAUUAAUUAGCUAAUUAUUUAUUAUGUUUGUUAAUUAAUAUGCAUAAUGAUAUUAUACAUAACUUCGUCAGCGAGUAUCGAUAAUAAAUAAUCACAUUACUUAUUUAUUAACAACUCUGCGAUAUACUACUUUACAUGCAACAAUAAACACAAUAUUUGUAUUAUAA